AUGCCAACUUUCACACCAGGUCAGGGUGGCGCUAUGGAGAGAUUCGAAUCACUACAGAAAUAUUGUCCCUAUGGAAAUGUCUUAGUUCCUCAAGGGCAAGUGGUCCUGAGUCUCCCGGUGUGUUGUAUGCAGCUGGUGUGUUUAUUUGGGAAGAUUGUGGAGAAGUAUCUCUAUCAACCAGGCGAUGCAAACUGUAAGUCUAUGUACCCUAUAACUUCGGCUGCUGUGAGUUUGCUGGCGUCCUUUACUCAGACGGAGCAACAUUGCCAGGACACUGCACUCCGCUACGUUGCAGAGGCGGCCAAUGGACAACGAGCUGGACUCUUGAUAAAUGCUGUGAGUUCAGUCUUGGCGCCUGUUAGUGACAGUAGUCGAUGUGGUCUUUACAAUGACCCUCACAUUAUAACCUUUGAUAUCUACCGGUACGACUGGCACGGCACCUGUAACUACUCGAUUGCCCAGAGCGAUCUGUCCAACGACCCCCGGACAGGUGUGUUCUGCGACUUCCAGCCUUGUAACCGUCGCGCCUCUUGCUUAGACACGACCACGUUCCGGGAUAAUCCGAACACCAUCAUCACCUUGUCCAGCAAAUACAAUAACACGAUAAUAGUGAAUGGCGAAGAUUUCGUCAUCCCUAAGACUGGGAUCGUGCCUGUUAGAUCGUCCGGCCCGACAACCCACCCCGUGCUCGUGUGGCAGAGCGACGGUUGCGUCAUCCUAUUGGGCGCUUCCAAAAUUAUGACUGCUGGUUUGAUUUGUUUUAUCCCUGUUACUGCUUUACAACCGCACUACACUUUACAUUACGACCGUUAG